AGAUAUUUCCAGAAGAGAUUUCUAUGAAAGCAAGAUCUCUGGUUCCAUUGGGCUAAACUUUGAUCUUUGGCGAGACUAUCACUGAGCUGAGUGGUUGUUUAGAAUACUGAUGAAUUAUUACAUAUAGGGUCAUUGUUGUGUCAUAUGAUGGGGAGAAUGAUAAACAAAGGCUUGGAAUGUACAGAGGCACAACAGUCAUCAUUCUGAUGGCAGCCAGCUCACGUUUCUAAGGUGUAUACGUGUGGGGCAAAAUUGGUUUGAAGCACUGAACUAUGAGAGUGUGCAGCCUUCCCACUGUCCCAGCACGGCAUCAAUAGUUUCAUGAUGGAGAAACUGAAUCAGGAGACCUCACAGUGUUAUUGUUAUAAGUGUCCUCUUCAUCAAACAGGGUCACCAGCUGAGUCGGACUAUGUGUUGGCAGAGAUCCAUAGACCUGCAGAAAGCGUGCCGGUCAUAUGGUGUGAGGACAGACCGGCUGAUAGGAUGGAGGAGUGUGAGCGUUGUCCCAAACCAUGUGCAGGGAUGUACCGAAUGACGCUGGGAGGGAUCAAUCAGAUCCAGCAUCGCCGAAAGGGGCGCCCAUCCCCUAGUUCCUCAUCCUGUAAUGCUGAAGGCCAGAGAACAUCUAUGGCAGUCAGAACUGGGAGACCUCGCUCUCCUGUUCAAUCUAAUGAUGAUUACCAAUUCAGCAAGCUAGAGAAUGAAGCCUACAGAUCACCACAGAUGAGACGACACAAACAAACACAGACAGGCUCAGCGACAACAAGUGUGUUGGGGAGCGGCUCAAGUCGUGAUGACAGACAGGCAGGCUUUGAUGUGGCGUGUCAGACUAACAUCCGUUCAUUGAUGUCCCCAAGAGACAAUGGUGCAGGAUACCCAAGGACAGACAGAGAGGGGAAGACUUGUGAGGCAGCAAUCUGCACAGACACAUCUAAUCACCUCAAAGGGGCAAAAGACAAGAAUUCCUGUCAUCGGGACGGGAGCUAUGUGCGCCAAUUUGCAGUGUUCACUUUGUUGGUCGGAGUCAUAGGCUACCUAGCCAUUAACCAUCAGAAACAUCUGAAUCGACAGUAGACUAUGUGUAUGUGUAGUAUAUGUGAGCCAACUGCUUUCCUGCCAAUAAAUGAAUUAACAGUA